UCUAUUAAAUAUUUAGCACCUUGAAUAUGUAAAAAAAACACAAGGAAUAAAGGGGAAGCUCAUUACAAACAAAUAGGACAGAAGAAAUAAGUACAACGACAACAACAACACCAGCAACAAAAAUAACAAAAACAACAACAAAAUCAACAACUACGACAACAACAACAGUAAAACAGUAAAACAGCAGCAAGAAGAAGAGCAACAAAAACAAUAAUACCAACUUGGUCUGGGUAUUCAGCAGAUAAUCCCCAGAUAUCAAUCUGGUGUUUACUGAUGCCUAAUUCUUCAUAUGCUUCUCGAAGGGCAGCAUCAACUAAGGAUGUAUCAGCUGAGCUGGCCAAGCCACCUGGAAAACUGAAAUAAUAUAAACAAAAAAUCUUUAAACAGCAUUUCAGAGAAUCGAAGUGACAAAACACUCAAUGAUGUGAGCGUAUUUAAACAGAAUAUUGCUGUCAAUGGCCACCAAAGUAAUAGCAGAAGUUUGCCAUUGUAUCCAACGUGGUAUUUUCAAUACAUCCAAAGCAGAUAGCCUGUCCAGGUUUCCUAUACAUAUAACUAAAUAUUUGAUAACAAGUAUCCAAAUUCCUAAUUAAGAGAAAGGAACAAAAACACAGGCUACCAUGGUUUUUAAAACAGAUUUUCUAUCCUUUAGGUGUUAUUGGUUAGAUUUUAAUGAAAUGGGAAAUUCAGAAUAAAGUUUAAUGUGGAAAUAUAGUUACUGAAAACUCUGGAUUACAUCCUGUGUAUUUUUGAAUAUUUAAUACCAUUAAAAAACAUACAACAAUAAAAAAUAUGUAUAAAAGAUAUGUAAAGGAAAAAAAUAUGAUUAACUCUUGCUACUUUUUUUUAUUCUGCAGUAUCUAAGUAAAGUAUCUACUGGUUUAAGGUCUUGAAGCAGACGGAGCUAUGUCAAAAAUGUAUUGCAAAACUUAUAUAAUUUUUUCUAUUUUUUAAUCUCCAUAUUGGCUUUUCAUCACAAAAAAAUGUCUAAAAAUAUUACUGUUCAAAAUUUUUAACAUCCAAAAGGUCUUUACAGGCGAACAAACGUUAAAAAAUUAUAUUUAAGGGUUUUGACUCAAGAACAUAGUAAAAAUUAAUCUCUAGAAUUAAGUAGCUCUUUGAAAUUCAAAAUAUUGUGUUAAUUUUUCUGUGGUUGCUGUUUGCAUUUAAAAACCAAAGUAAUCACUACAAUUAUUAAGAAAGUAGUAAAUCGUUGCUGUGAAAUGUUCUCCGACAUUGUAGGAUGUGUAUUUGUAGUAUGUAUCAUGACUAUAAACUUUUAGAUGAAAAUAUUAACAUGAACAAAAUAUACCAAGCCUUCCUGCUUUUUCUUUUGAUCUUCCAGUCAUUAUGUGCCCAGAUUGAUCCUGUUUUGAAAUAUAACUGUAUAUAUGACGGUGUGCGUGGGCUGAAGUUGAAAUUUCAAACUCACGCUGAUUAUGAUAAAUAUCAAAUCGUUAUUUCUGAAAAUCAAAAUAAAGAUUCCUUUGUCUUAAACAGCUCAUCGUCGUCUUGUGUUAAAAGUAAAGACCCAACCAAAUUUUUAUGUCCUUUGUUAAGUUAUUCAAACUACAUCCAGGUGAAACAUGAUCAGAAUACUGUUCGUGUUGUAUUUUGUAUCUUUGGAGAAGACAAACAAUUAUUGAAGGCUUCUCUUCUUGCUAACUUUACUUUAACAAUUAAUAAAUGUUUUCUAGCAGCUUGUGAAAAUGUUUUACACACAGCUAAAGUUUCAUCUGUAGAGAAAAGGAAUAACGGAAGGAUUGUUUUCAAAUGGAAUAAAGUAGUAAAUCCAAGUUUUAAUGUCACAACUUUCGUGUCAACAAGAGAACUUAAUGGUAACAAGACAGUAAGAUACAAAAAAUCUUUGCAUAAUGAAUACCAAUUGGAAGAUUUGUGUGGAUUUUAUAAUGUUUGCGUUACGACACAAUGGAAAGCAUGCUUAUUUAAUAACACAGAAAAGGUUUUUCGUCAUUCAGACUGUCGCAAUGUCUCAAUGAAAUCACCACACUCCGAAUUAUCAAAACCUGUGUUUACAUGUACCUUCAACAGCCAAAAUAAAAAUAUUGUGCUUAGUUUAAGAUCUAAUAAAUUUGAUUUAUACCAAUAUACUGUCCUGCAAAACAGAAAAAUAAUAAAACUACACAAAACGAAUGCGUCAAAAGUUUCAGUGCCUCUCCCUGAAGUUAGUGGCAGCAUUUCAGUUUUGUUAUCUGUUUGUAAUGAAUGUGAUUGUUUUGCAAAUAUUAGUACAAGUGCUUGUCACAGUUAUGUGGACAUCAAUGAAAACAGUUCAUAUGGCAAUGAAGUAUUAAUUAUUGUAGUUGUGAUUGGGUGUUUAUCUGUAUUAGUGCUACUUCCUGUUCUUGUGAUAUAUUACCGAAAAAGAUUUAGCGAAAGACAUGAAGAUAGAGAAUUAACUGAAGGAGACAUUAUUUAUCCUGUUCCUAAGUACCAUGAAAUUUCGUAUUUAGGUCAUGAAUACAAUAAGCCAUUUCCUGAAUAUUGUGAAAUUCCUGACGUAGGUAUAGACAAAACUAUCACUGAUGACAAAGAAUUUUCCUAAGAUUAAUAAUGAAAAAAAGGCCAGAGGUAUAUCUUAUUCAUGAAAUGUUUUGCAAUAUUUUUUCAAAGCUGCUGCACGGACAAUUUGGUUGAGAAAAAAUACAAACUUUUUAAAAAAAUUAUAUUGUACAAAACGACCAUUUUUUCAUGCACAAUUAUUCAUAGAAUUAACGAUCAACCACAAGUAAAAGUGUUAGCCAAUUAACCAUGGAAAAUUAUUUGUUUAGAGAAAACAAAAUAAUAAACAAAGUCUUAAUUUAAAAUGUUUUGAUAAUUUGUUAUAAAAAAUGCACAGAAAUUACCAAUUCAUAAGAAUUAUAUACGUUAACAAAAAAUGUUCCAAAUCUGAACUUAAAGCUGGACUGAAAUUUCAUGAACCGAGGUAGGUUUUUUUUCACCUUAUCCAAAUAUUUUAAUAUUAGGUUAGUAUAAUAAUAAUGUAACACAACAGUAUAAUAUCUGUAUUUUAGUUAAAACAUUUUACUUUGUAUUAUAAGCAAAUAGAGGUAUAUAGUUAUAAUUUUUCAUGA